AUGGCCGCAUUCCAAUGCUCAGCGCUCAACAUCGACCACCACAAUGGCGACUUUACGAUCUGGGAGUUGGGAGCGAUCAUCCUCUACCUCAUGGACAAGUACGGCCUGAAGGAGGGCAAGCUGUCACCGGUGCAGGACGACGAGUGCGGCCGAGGCUACUGCCUGCACCCGGAGAAGCUCCCCUCCGCGAUCAUCCGGUAUGAGAACGAGGUCAUCCGGGUGUUCGGCAUGCUCAAAAGCGUGCUGUCGAACAGGUUGUCCCGGUGUGCCUCCGAAGGCGUAGGUCCGGUUCUCGUCGGCGUGGAGAAUGGCCCUGAGACACAUGGAGGGUUCGAUGCGGCGGUGGCGUCCCGCUUUGGCCUUCUGUUGUUCCAGACACGGGCGCGUGCGGGUGUGCGCGCCUACUGGACUCUACCCGCAACCGCCACCAUCCCCCAAGUGGUACACGCCGUUUUCUCUGUUCCCAGCGGCAAGCCCACACCCCAGACCCCGUUCGGUCGUAAUAGAGCCGGUGACGACGGCAAGAAGCGCAAGUCCCGCCGCACCACUGGCUCCCAGCGCGCGUCCCGCCCCCACAUCUCUCGCCACAUCGCCUCCGGUUCCGUCUCCCAAUCUUUCACCCCUCGCUCAGUGUCCAACAAGUCGGAGCACGCAGCAAAGAGCCUCAGUACCAUGCUCAACUUAGUCGUGUACAUCACUAGUCUGGUGCGCUUCUCCUUCACCAGUGAGCCUGAAUGGAGCGACAAGGACGGCUUCUGGGAUGUGCACGACUUCGUGCUCAAGUUCACACGCACGGCACAGACUCGCCGGAAGCAGCAGAAGGCGAAGACGACCACUUGGUGGAUCCAUUGGCUGACACCGUCCAUCACAGGCGCCUGUUUUGGCAACGUCGCCCUCACUGUCGACAAGGAGUGCACGCCUUUCGACGACAUCCUCAACACCGGCUCAAAUGAGGAGGUCCCGGAAGGUGGCAAUGACGGCGACGGCGACGGCUCCGCCUUGUAG